AUGUACGAAAACUCAAAAAAUGUGUACAGCAUUGUUAGUGGCGAUGAAUCGUGGAUUUAUUGUUUUGAACCAGAAAAUAAACGACAGUCGGCUGUUUGGGUGUUCCAAGGUGAAGAAAAGCCAACAAAAAUGGUCGCGACAUUUGUAUCAAAACCGGGUCAAAUUGCAACAGUUCCUCUUAAUGAGCAAAGAACUGUUAUUGCGGACUGGUAUAUCACCAUUUGUUUGCCAAAAGUCAUCACCGAGCUCCGAAAAAUCAGAAGAAGAGCCAUCCUCCACCAAGACAAUGCAAACUCGCACACAUCCCAAAAAACAAGGCAGUAUUUAACGGAAGAAAACGUAGAAUUAUUUGACCAUUCUUCAUAUAGUCCCGAUCUAAGUCCUAACGAUUUCUUUACUUUCCUGAAAAUUAAAAACAGACUGCGUGGUCAAAGGUUCCAGUCACCAGAAGAAGCAGUUGACGCAUUCAAAAAUGCUGUUUUGGAUCUGCCAGCAAACGAGUGGAAUAAGUGCUUCGAAAAUUGGUUCGAGCGCAUGCAGAUGUGUAUUAAUCUCCGUAGAGAAUACUUCGAAAAACAAUAA